AUGAGAAACCAUACAGAAACCACAGCAUUUAUUCUUCUGGGACUGUCAGAUGACCCUCAGCUCCAGGUUGUGAUCUUCAUCUUUCUCUUCGUUACCUACCCUCUCAGCAUCACAGGGAAUCUGACUAUCAUCACUCUCACCUUGCUGGAUUCUCACCUCCAGACUCCCAUGUAUUUCUUCCUCAGGAAUUUCUCUGUUUUAGAAAUAUCCUUCACAACUGUCACUAUACCCAAGUUCUUGGGCACCAUAAUCUCAGGAGAUAAAACCAUUUCCUUCAACAACUGUAUAGCUCAGUUAUUCUUUUUCAUCCUUUUGGGAGUCACUGAGUUUUACCUUCUAGCUGCCAUGUCCUAUGAUCGCUACAUUGCCAUCUGCAAGCCCCUGCAUUACCUGACCAUCAUGAGUCAGAAGGUCUGCACAAUGCUUGUCUUUGCCUCCUGGCUGGUUUCUUUCCUGAUCAUCUUCCCUGCACUCAUGUUGCUCCUAAAGCUUGAUUACUGUGGGUCCAACAUCAUUGACCACUAUACCUGUGAUUACUUUCCCCUGCUUCAACUUUCCUGUUCAGAUACAAAGUUCCUGGAGAAAAUGGGGUUUUUCUGUGCUGUCUUUACCCUAAUGUUCACUUUAGUGUUAAUAUUUCUGUCCUACACAUAUAUCGUCAGAACAAUUGUGAAGAUUCCUUCUGCUAAUCAGAGGACAAAGGCCUUUUCCACGUGUUCUUCCCACAUGAUUGUCAUCUCCAUCUCUUAUGGCAGCUGCAUUUUUAUGUACAUUAAACCCUCAGCAGCAGAUAGAGCAUCAUUGACCAAGGGAGUUGCUGUGUUAAAUACCUCAGUAGCCCCCAUGCUAAACCCCUUCAUUUAUAGUCUGAGGAACCAGCAGGUCAAGCAAGCCUUUAUGGACAUGGCAAGGAAGGUGGUAUCUUUCACAAGUAAAAAUGUGGCCUGUGAAUGA